AUAGAAAAAUAAAGAAAACAAAGGGCUCAAAAUCUACGAAACUCCCUCUUCACUUUCUCUCCUCAUCUUCCUCUCCUGUUCAAAAGAGUCUCCACUGCACAACAUUCGAUCAAUUGCCCUUUUGCAAAUUCAUGGUGAGUAACAAGCUUCAGCUUUAAUGGCUUUUUGUGGUUUCUCACCUCUCCCCAAAUUCCACCAUCUCCCUUCUUCUUCAAUCAAGCAUUUCCCUCUUAAUUCCCAUUCACAUUCAUUUAAAUCCUCCAUUUUGGCGCGACUUUCCAACGAUCAGCCAUCCUCUGCUACCAACGGUCUCCCCCCUUCAAUUCCAGGCAAACUUGAGGCAGAUGUGGUAGUAAUUGGGAGUGGCAUCGGAGGACUAUGUUGUGCUGGACUUCUAGCAAGGUAUGAGAAAGACGUUCUCGUGUUAGAAAGUCAUGACCAACCUGGGGGUGCUGCUCAUUCAUUUGAAGUUAAAGGCUAUAAGUUUGACUCCGGACCUUCUCUAUUCUCGGGAUUUCAAUCAAGAGGUCCCCAGGCAAAUCCACUUGCACAAGUGUUGGAUGCCCUCGGUGAAACCAUACCCUGUGCCAAGUAUGAUUCAUGGAUGGUUUACUUACCUGAAGCAGAGUUUUUGUCUCGAAUAGGUGCCACAGAAUUUCUGAAGGAUCUUGAGAAGUAUGCUAGUGCCAAUGCAGUUCAGGAAUGGAAAAAGCUUCUUGAUGCCAUACUACCUUUGUCUGCAGCAGCAAUGGCUCUCCCUCCUUUGUCUAUUAGAGGUGAUUUGGGUGUUAUAUCAACUGCUGGAGCUAGGUAUGCUCCUUCUUUAUUGAAGUCUUUUGCCGAGAUGGGACCUCAAGGAGCUUUUGGUGCUACAAAGCUUCUCCGGCCUUUUUCAGAAAUAGUUGAUUCGCUGGGGCUGAAAGAUCCUUUCGUUCGGAACUGGGUGGAUCUUCUGGCUUUCCUUUUAGCUGGUGUUAAAUCUAACGGUAUACUCUCAGCAGAGAUGAUUUACAUGUUUGCCGAGUGGUACAAGCCAGGGUGUGUUCUUGAGUACCCUUUACAUGGAACUGGAGCAGUUGUUGAUGCUUUGGUUCGUGGAAUUCAGAAAUUUGGUGGAAGGAUUUCCCUUCGGUCUCAUGUUGAGAAAAUUGUCAUCGAAAAUGGACGAGCAGUUGGCGUUAGACUCAAAAGUGGUCAAUUUAUACGCGCAAAGAAGGCAGUUGUCAGUAAUGCAUCAAUGUGGGACACCUUAAAUCUGUUACCGGAGGAAUCUUUACCGAAGAAAUAUCAGGAGAAAAUUAGAUCAACUCCACAAUGUGAAUCUUUCAUGCAUCUUCAUUUGGGUUUCGAUGCAAAGGGUUUACGUGAAAACUUGGGUAUUCAUCAUAUAGUUGUGAAUGAUUGGAAGAGAGGAGUAGAUGCAGAUCAGAAUGUUGUUUUGAUAUCAGUACCCAGUGUUCUGAGUCCAGAUUUAGCGCCCCCUGGUAAGCAUGUACUACAUGCAUACACACCAGGAACAGAACCAUUUGAGUUAUGGGAAGGGCUUGACCGUAGAAGUGAUGAGUACAAAAAACUCAAAACUGAAAGAGCAGAGGUAAUGUGGAGGGCGGUAGAGCGAGCACUUGGACCAGGUUUUGACAGGGAAAAAUGUGAAGUGAAAAUGAUAGGGACACCAUUAACACAUAAAAGAUUUCUUCGAAGAAAUAGAGGAACAUAUGGUCCAGCAAUUGAAGCUGGGAAAGGCACAUUUCCUGGUCAUGCAACUCCUAUUCCGCAACUAUACUGCUGUGGAGAUUCUACAUUUCCAGGCAUUGGAGUUCCUGCUGUUGCUGCCAGUGGAGCCAUUGUUGCCAAUUCUCUUGUUUCUGUAUCUCAACACUCUCAGCUUCUUGAUGCCAUUGGCAUCUAGCAUUAUCGAUUACUACUUAUUACAAUCUGCAUUAUUUCUUAGGAUCGCGAAUAAUGUACUACGUUUUUUUGUACUAUCAACAAUAUUUAUUUUUUGCUACGGCAAGGUUGAAACUAAAAGGAAUGAAUAUUAAGAAGUACGAAGAUAAUAGUGAUAUGUAAAUUAUUUAACAAAAAUGUACUUCGUAUAGGGAAGUGAUAAUACAAUUCAGAUUUAAAGAUAUUUUCUUUUCACCUUA